AUGGAAGUGGGCAUCGAGGCUAACGGUUCGAACAAUGGAGCGGAAAAUGGUAAGAACAACGGUGUGAUCAACGGAGCCGGCAAUGGCGAUAACGAUGGUGCGGACAAUGAAAACGAUGGUGGCAAUGUGCGUCAAGAUUCCGAUGAUUUGCUUCGUAUUGGCAGUGGCCGGUUAUGCAAAAGUGAUUUGGUCGAGCUCCAACGGUGUGACAUUGCCCAAGUCUGUGUUUUGGCGGCAGCAAAUAAUCCAAGCAACUGCGAAGGCAGGUGCAGCUGCAAAACUUUAAGAAGGUAA